GCGACGCCUUAGUCAGUUUUGCGACGAGUUCGGGAUGUAAAUGCUACUUUUAACAGUUGAAUGCGAUAUCCUUAACGUGUUGUUUUUUUGGUACGGAAAAUUUUUAAUGGGAACAAUACCCUCUUAAAUUAUUGCAGCCCUGAAAAGACCGUUCGAAUGGUUGAUUUUAAUGACGAUUUUCGCAAACUGUGUCGCCCUGGCUGUAUACACACCAUUUCCUAAUGGCGAUUCUAACACGACAAAUGCGUAUUUGGAAAAAAUCGAGUACAUCUUUUUAGUUAUUUUUACGGCUGAAUGCAUUAUGAAAAUAAUCGCUUAUGGGUUUUUGAUGCAUCCGGGAGCGUAUUUGAGGAAUGGCUGGAAUUUACUAGAUUUUACAAUUGUAGUUAUAGGUAUGAUAAGUACAGCUCUCUCGUUUUUAACAAGAGAUAGCUUUGACGUGAAAGCUCUACGAGCCUUUAGAGUAUUACGUCCUUUGAGGCUUGUUUCUGGAGUACCCAGUUUACAAGUUGUAUUAAAUUCAAUUCUUCGUGCCAUGGUGCCUUUAUUACAUAUUGCUCUUUUGGUAUUAUUUGUAAUAAUAAUUUACGCCAUUAUUGGACUCGAAUUGUUCUCGGGACAAAUGCAUAAAACUUGCUUUAAUGACGAUACAGGGGAACUAAUGGAGGAAGCUCACCCUUGCGGUGAUGGAUUUAAUUGCAGUGCAGAUUACACAUGUAGGCCUGACUGGGAAGGGCCAAAUUCGGGCAUAACAAAUUUUGAUAAUUUUGGAUUAGCCAUGUUAACCGUCUUUCAAUGUAUUACUCUAGAAGGCUGGACCGAUGUACUUUAUAACAUUCAAGACGCAUUGGGCCGUGAAUGGCAGUGGUCAUAUUUCGUGUCGAUGGUGAUAUUAGGAGCUUUUUUUGUUAUGAAUUUGAUUCUUGGUGUGCUCAGCGGAGAGUUUUCUAAAGAAAGAGAAAAAGCUAAAGCAAGAGGAGACUUUCAUAAACUCAGAGAAAAACAACAACUCGAAGAGGAUCUUCGAGGAUAUUUAGACUGGAUAACUCAAGCUGAGGACAUCGAGCCAGAAGGCGAGGAUCAGCAAAACCAAGACCAAAGAAACAAUACGGCCAAUGAAAUGGCGUCUACCGAUCAAUUAGGAGAAGAGGAAAUCCAGCAGGAGUCUUGGUUCAGCAAGAAGAAAAAGGGUUUCGACAGGGUUAAUAGGCGAAUGCGUCGAUCUUGCCGAAAAGCAGUUAAAUCGCAAAUAUUUUAUUGGCUCAUUAUUGUUUUGGUUUUUCUGAACACCGGAGUUCUGGCUACGGAACAUUAUGAACAACCUCCAUGGUUAGAUGAUUUUCAAGAAUAUACUAAUAUGUUUUUCAUAGCCUUGUUUACGUUAGAAAUGUUGUUGAAAAUGUACAGCUUAGGUUUCCAAGGCUAUUUCGUGUCCUUGUUUAAUCGUUUCGAUUGUUUCGUUGUCAUUGGUAGUAUUACAGAAAUGGUUUUAACCCACUCGCAUGUUAUGCCUCCCUUGGGAAUAUCUGUAUUACGUUGUGUUAGAUUGUUGAGGGUUUUCAAAGUUACAAAAUAUUGGCGGUCACUUUCAAAUUUGGUGGCCUCGUUGUUGAAUUCAAUACAAUCAAUUGCAUCAUUGUUGCUUCUUCUGUUUUUGUUUAUUGUUAUAUUUGCUCUAUUGGGGAUGCAAGUUUUCGGUGGGCGGUUCAACAGGAAAACAGAGGAGAAACCGAGAUAUAAUUUUGAUAGCUUUUGGCAAAGCUUAUUAACGGUGUUUCAGAUUUUAACGGGUGAGGAUUGGAACGUUGUUAUGUAUGACGGAAUUGAGGCUUAUGGAGGAGUUAAGGGUUUUGGUGCUUUAGCUUGUAUUUAUUAUAUCAUUCUCUUUAUCUGCGGCAACUAUAUUCUACUAAACGUGUUUUUGGCCAUUGCCGUCGAUAAUCUAGCCGAUGCUGAAUCGCUAACUGCAAUUGAAAAGGAAGAGGAGGAAAAAGAGCAAGAGGGUAAAAGAUCGAAAAGUCCAACCCCCAACCAGGAUGAGGAGGUCGAAGAAGAGGAAGAGGAUGAAGAUCGUAGCUUGGAGGAUGAAAUGGAAGACGGCCAGUACUCAGAGAGGUCAGGUCAUGAUGAGGAGGAAACCGAAUCUCAAACAAAAAUUGCUAUAGAAGAAGGAGAAGAAGGCGAACAAAACGAAGAUAAUUUUCAGACGAAGACGGCGAACAUAAUGGCUUGGAAGAGCCGAAAGACUCAGCAAGACCUCGCCGUUUAUCAGAGGUCGCUAUUGUUAAGAAAGUCAAGCCAAUUCCAAAAGGCAAUGCAUUUUUUAUAUUCUCUUAUAAGAACAGAUAAUGGAGAUGAAGAGGGUAGCAAAGUUGGGGCACGCCCACGUCGCAUAUCCGAAAUAAAACAAAACUCACAGAAAGUGCCAAUACCACCGGCUUCGUCUUUCUUCGUCUUUUCUCCCACGAACAGAUUUCGAGUUCUUUGCCACUGGUUAUGCAAUCACUCGUACUUCAGCAAUAUAAUUUUAGUCUGCAUUUUGGUUUCUUCGGCUUUAUUAGCUUUAGAGGACCCAAUCCCAGACAAGGACAAUAAGAAAGCUGAAAUUUUAACCAUGUUCGACUACAUUUUUACUGGAAUUUUUUCAGUAGAAUUAUUUCUUAAGACUAUUUCAUAUGGAUGCAUUCUACACAAGGGGGCCUUUUUCAGAUCUGCCUUCAAUGUUUUGGAUUUAGUUGUCGUCUGCGUGUCCUUAGUUUCCAUUUUUAAUAGUCAAGGAGCGAUGUCUGUGGUGAAAAUCUUGAGGGUAUUAAGGGUGUUGAGACCUCUUAGAGCUAUUAACCGAGCCAAAGGAUUGAAGCAUGUAGUCCAAUGCGUGAUAGUCGCGAUUAAGACUAUAGGCAAUAUUCUGAUGGUAACGAGCCUGCUACAGUUCAUGUUCGCGGUAAUCGGAGUCCAGUUGUUUAAGGGUAAAUUUUCUCAUUGUACUGAUGGUUCAAAGCUCACAGCGGCGGAAUGCAACGGUACAUACCUUAUAUACGUGGAUGGAGAUAUUAAUAAACCCGUAAUGAAAGAUAGGGAAUGGGAACCCAAUAGGUUCCAUUUCGAUAAUGUUGCCAAAGCAAUGUUAACACUCUUUACAGUGUCGACUUUCGAAGGCUGGCCAGGGCUACUUUAUGUGUCGAUCGACUCAAAUGACGAAAAUAAAGGACCAAUUCACAAUUACCGACCCAUCGUAGCUGCUUAUUACAUUAUAUACAUUAUUAUUAUAGCUUUUUUUAUGGUUAACAUAUUCGUUGGUUUCGUUAUUGUUACAUUCCAAAACGAGGGUGAGCAAGAAUACAAAAAUUGCGAGCUGGACAAGAACCAGAGGAAUUGCAUUGAAUUCGCGUUGAAAGCCAAACCAGUUAGGCGAUACAUUCCGAAACAUAGAAUCCAGUAUAAAGUGUGGUGGUUUGUUACCUCCAAACCUUUCGAAUAUGCCAUUUUUACACUUAUCAUAAUUAAUACCAUAACUUUGGCAAUGAAGUUCCAUGGUCAGCCGGACGAAUACGGCAAUGUUCUGGAUUAUUUAAACAUGAUUUUUACCGCUGUUUUUGCCAUGGAGUUUGUCUUCAAACUGGCGGCUUUUAGAGCAAAAAAUUACUUUGGAGACGCUUGGAACGGCUUCGAUUUCAUCAUAGUUUUAGGUAGUUUUAUCGACAUAGUGUAUCAAGACGUGAGCCCACCUGGUCAGAAAAAAAUAAAAUUUUCUGGAAAUUUCUUUCGAUUAUUCCGCGUUAUGCGACUCAUAAAACUUCUAAGUAGGGGCGAGGGUAUUAGGACGCUACUAUGGACGUUUUUCAAAUCGUUCCAGGCCCUUCCCUAUGUAGCAUUACUCAUAGUAAUGUUGUUUUUCAUAUACGCUGUUAUAGGAAUGCAGAUGUUUGGAAAAAUUGAGAGUGACGAUUUGGAAUCUGGUUCUUCGUUAACAAGGAACAAUAAUUUUGCAUCGUUUUUUCAAGCCGUUUUGGUUUUGUUUAGAUCUGCCACAGGUGAAGCCUGGCAGGAAAUUAUGAUGGAUUGUGCAGAUACCAAACAAGCUAGAUGUGAUAGAAGGCUCAAUCGCACCGAGUCUCAGUUUUGCGGUUCGGAUACUGCAUAUCCGUAUUUUAUUUCGUUCUACGUACUGUGUUCUUUUUUGAUUAUAAAUUUAUUUGUAGCUGUAAUAAUGGACAAUUUUGACUAUUUAACAAGAGACUGGUCAAUUCUUGGGCCGCACCAUCUCGACGAAUUUAUACGGUUGUGGAGCGAGUACGAUCCGGACGCGAAGGGUCGUAUCAAGCACUUAGACGUUGUAACUCUCCUUCGUAAAAUUUCUCCACCUUUAGGUUUCGGUAAACUUUGUCCGCAUCGUGUAGCAUGUAAGCGGUUGGUUUCUAUGAACAUGCCUUUAAAUAGCGACGGCACCGUGUUGUUUAACGCUACUUUGUUCGCGGUUGUACGGACGUCUUUACGAAUUAAAACGGAAGGCAACAUUGACGAUGCCAACUCGGAGUUACGAGCAGUUAUCAAAAAAAUUUGGAAAAGAACUAGUCCGAAAUUACUGGACCAAGUCGUUCCUCCUCCUGGUGUGGACGAUGAAGUGACGGUCGGGAAAUUUUACGCGACAUUCCUCAUCCAGGACUAUUUCCGCCGGUUCAAAAAGCGGAAGGAACAAGAACUGAAGGAAGGAGAUAAGGAGCAACUUAAUACCGUUACCCUGCAAGCUGGCUUGAGGACACUCCACGAGGCAGGACCUGAACUUAAGCGGGCUAUUUCUGGCAAUCUUGAUGAGCUCAUUGAUGAUAAUCCAGAACCCAUGCAUCGGCGUAAUCAUUCGUUGUUCGGUAGCGUGUGGUCGUCAAUGAAGCGGGGUCAUAGUUUCAAUCGGGCAAAAUCGUUGAAACUGAACUCCACUCAGAUCAAAAUAACUCCGGCAUCCAGCAUUGAUUAUCUGCCUUACAACUCAAUCAAAAAUGCUGUGACUGAAGGAAUGAAUCACAUCACUUCAAUGACAAAGAACGUGGUUGAUAACAGAGCGAGUGCCAUUUCGCUGAAUGAUGGCUAUCACGAUGAAGAAAUUCCUUUGAGAACUUUGACCAACUUGCAUAACGGCGAAACUGAAAGGACCUACACUGUUAUCGAUCUUCAGGGCGAUAGUCAAGAGCUAAUGCCGCCUACGCCACCCCCUCGGAGGGUUUCGCCCCCUGGGGCGCUUCAUCAGCAGUCUCCUAACGGUGGCUUUACUCGUAUUGCAAGUGGCCUCAAGCUCGCGCAAGCACAAGCGAUGGCAGUAGCAGGGUUUCUUCCCGCUCCACCUGAUUGGCCUUGCGAACAUGGAUCAGGCUCCGAUCUACUCCCUCAGCAACACUUGGACUUCGUGCCAAGAACGGAAGAGCGGCAUGCGCGUUGCUGUCUCCUAAAUCACAGGGCUUCCUUCCACGGCCGAGUUCCAGUGUCACCUGGAGAACCUAAUGGUCAUGUGGCCAACGAGCGUUUAACUCACUCACUGCCAGGCAGUCCAGCAGAUCGGCGACCUCCAUCCUUUGAGGUGGUUGGUUCUGCUGAAAGCCUCGUUGGAAGAAUUUUAGCCCAGCAAGGCUUAGGUAAAUUUUGCGAUCCAGAUUUCGUACGAAAUACGUCAAAAGAAAUGCAAGAAGCUCUGGAUAUGACUCAAGAGGAGAUGGAUAGAGCUGCUCAUGAGCUCUUGCAGCACGAGCGGCAGCUCAAGAGUUGCGGUGGACAAUCCAGCCCAGUAGAAGGCCCGAUACCCUCUCCACAAUUAUAGCAGCCCUUAUAAGACCCUAAUGCCACUCUACCAAGUGCCUAAAUAUUUCUUCUGGUCCAAGGAAGACUAAACUUAUUAAUAAUGCGUAGUUUUAUAACCUCUAUGGAUUGUUUCUCCACGUUAGCAAACAUUCAAUCCGUUGAAUUAGUUGAGUCUUUUAAGAAAGCUUCAUCCACUAGUGAUCUUAUUUAAGGCGCGUCACUGUCGGCCGAGUGUUUCGUUUUUUCAGGAUUUUUCUAAAUUGCAAAAUAGUUCUACCUUCGACGGCUAGAACUGCGCGAAACAAGCAGCAUUUUCGGCUGCGAACUACAUAUUGUGCCUUGUAGUGGAUUAAAUUUAGUUUGUUAUAUAGGGAUUAGACCAUAUGAUAUAUUACUACUGGCGCAUUUUGAGACAAGUUUUUGGAACCUAUUUUCAAAUACAUUUGCCAAUUACAUGAUAACCAACGAGAAAUAAUGGGAACAAAUAAACACUAUUAGUGCCAAACUAGAUUCAGUAAUACCAAUUCAACACGUUCCUCUAGCUCUUACUGAUUAGUUUUAGCUCAAUAUACAACUGGUUCUUAGCUUGUCAACCAGGCUCUCAUUGUUCAGUUCAUUUUUGGUGUCUCAAUACGAAAAAAAACAUGUGAUAAAUACGAUGUGUUGUCGGAUCUAUGGUCAUAUUUUGAUAUUGCGCACCCUAAACGAUAACAUUUUUCAGUUAGUCUGAGCACUCAUUUUUUCAUUACGCAAUUUUUUUUAAGUCACAUUCACUUAUGGUUUUGAUCCAAAGCUAGAAUCAAAGUUCAUAUACACGGUGAUUUGUAAAGGCUUUUGCAACUUUGGCACAUGACAAUCUGUUAUAUCGGUUCAGGUUCUUAAAUUUAUUAAAAAACUGCCAACAGUGUAAUGGUCAUUAUAGAUCACCAUGUAGUUUAUACGAUGACCGUGAAAUACUUCUCAUUGCCAAAAAUAUAACAGUUCAUUCUUGGUUUUCUCUGAUAAUUUCAAAUUCUAUUUUUGUAAAGUUGAUAAAUGAUGGUGAUGGUGCAUUUGAAAGCAAAGCUCUAGUAAAUUAAACAAAACGUUGAUAAUUAGGUAAUCGUGAUAUUAUGUAUGUCUUAAAUAAGUUCUGAUUGAGUAAAGUUAGGAGUAAUUAAAUUAAAUAUAGCUGUUGUGGAUCAGUUUUAUUUAAAAGAUUCAACGGACGGUUUGCUUCAAUGUUGGUCAUCAAACUUUCAUGUACAGGGUGUGGAAAAAAACAAGAACUGUUGUCGCAAUUCUGUAAUAUCAGACGUGUCAAAAUAGUUACAUUUUUAAGAUUUUUUUAAGAUUCUAGAGUUUGUAAACGUAUAGUCAUCAAGUAACGUGUUUGUUUCUCGGAAUAUACAUACGCACAAACGGCGAAGUUUGUUUAAACCGAUCAUUGGUAAUUUUUUGGCAACUUAAUUGUACAUAAUAAUUACUAAGUUGAAGAUAUAUUAUAAAUAUUUUUAUUUAGUGAAUAAAGAUUAAAUAAAUUUG